AUGGCCUCUGGCUUCUCUAGCACAAGGGAAGGGGGAGAAGAAAGCACCCACCACGCCAUCCUCCAGCAUCGGCUGGAUCUCAGCUGCAGAGGUGGCACGGCCCGAUCCUGGCCAGACCGAGGAAGGCUUGGAGAUGCCGAAGCAGUCGGCCACCGAAGCCGGCUUGGGAAAGGAAAUUUCCAGCCAAAGCAGCAUUUGGAGCAUUUAGUGGAGAAGCUGAAGCUCUUGGGUCUGGAAGGAGACAGGGAGGAGAAGGAGCAUCUCUGCUCGUGGCGCAAGAGGACGGUCGCCUUCAAGGGUGAUACAAAAGCAUCCAGCUCCAGCCAUGAUGGACCAAGGGCUGGCGGAGGUCCCGCUACAGCCUGCGUGGAGGAAUCUGCCCAAGAGGACAAGGAGCAGAUACAAAGUGACCUGGAGAAGCUCAGGAAGCAAAAGGAAGAGAUUUUGGAACUGAAAAGAAGCGGAGAGAGGCGAUGCCAGGACUAUUUGACACAGACGGAGGUCGAGAGGCAGAAGAUCGUGUCCGAGUUUCGACAGUUGCGCCGGUUUCUGAAGGACCAAGAGCUCGUCCUCCUGGCUCGACUGGGAGAGCUGGACAGAGAGAUGAUGAGGAGGCAGGAGGAAGAGGAGACCAAGAUGUCGGGGGAAAUUUCGCUCCUCGAUGUCCUCAUCUGCGAGAUGGAGAAGAAGCUUGAGCAACCUGCGAGCAGCUUCCUGCAGGAUGCCCGAGGCACUGUGGACAGGUGGGAGAUGGGCGGUGCCUGGAGGACAACAGCGACCUUCUCGGACCUGGACCAGAAUCUCCACGUCAUUUCUCAACAAAUCUACGUCCUCCGAGAGACGCUGGGGAGAUUUCAAGACAUUUUGCCGUCUGAACUGGAGAAAGAGCAAGGACCAUCUCCAGGAGGAGAUGGAAAAGCAUUCGUGACUCUGGACCCCGACACGGCCAACUCACGGCUCGUCCUGUCCCGGGACCGGCGGGGG